AUGACCAAGACUGCAGUAAUCGUGCUGGGGGCGCGUUUGCUGGCGCGGAGCUGUAGCUGUGGCGGGCGGACGGGGAGCUCUGGCGCUUUUGUACCGCAUUCGACUCGUUCAGGUUCUUGUAGAAGUUUCUACAAAAGCGCCGAAGCAACCCCUCCGUCAGCCGCGCUGCACCCGCACCCGCUAUCGCUGCUGCUGCCCCUCCUACCCCAAGUCCGAGGCAAUGCACCCGCUGCAGCACUAACAAGCUCGUCCCGCCAAAAGAGUCACAACCGCUACGCCGGCGACCCUGACAUUUCGCCCUCCUCCACCACUACUACUCCCACCACCGCCAAACUUUGGACUCGAACGCCGGUCAGACUCCAGACGAACACUCUGACGCCGCCGUCUGGACUAAUCGCAUCGAGUGUUUUCCCCUGGCAGAGGCGUUUUUACUCUUCGUCCACUUCGCCUUCUGCAACCAUGGCUGAGCAGCAGUGGCCCGGCGCUGUUGUGCGCAAGACUUUCUUCGACUUCUUCGAGAAGAGGGGCCAUACCAUCGUCCCUUCCUCCUCCGUCGUCCCUCACAAUGACCCCACCUUGCUCUUCACCAAUGCGGGCAUGAACCAAUUCAAGCCCAUUUUCCUCGGAACGAUCUCUAAGGCCGAUCCUAUGUAUAACCUGAAGCGUGCCGCCGACUCCCAGAAAUGCAUUCGUGCCGGUGGCAAGCACAACGAUCUCGACGAUGUCGGCAAGGACAGCUACCACCACACCUUCUUCGAAAUGUUGGGCAAUUGGUCUUUCGGCGACUAUUUCAAGAAGGAGGCUAUCACUAUGUCCUGGGAGCUUCUUACCAAGGUCUACGGUCUCGACCCUACACGUUUGUACGUGACCUACUUCGAGGGUAACCCCGACAUGGGUCUCGAGCCUGAUCUGGAGGCGAAGCAACUGUGGCAGUCCGUUGGCGUCCCUGACGACCACAUUCUGCCCGGUAACAUGAAGGACAACUUCUGGGAGAUGGGUGACCAGGGUCCUUGCGGCCCUUGCAGUGAAGUUCACUACGACAAGAUUGGCGGCCGGAAUGCCGCCAGCCUGGUCAACAUGGAUGACCCCAUGGUCGUGGAGAUCUGGAACAACGUUUUCAUCCAGUUUGACCGCCAGGCCGACAAGAGCUUGAAGUCCCUCCCCGCUAAGCACGUCGAUACCGGUAUGGGUUUCGAGCGUCUGGUCUCUGCUCUUCAGAACACCACCUCCAACUACGCCACCGAUAUUUUCACCCCCUUGUUCAAAAGGAUAGAAGAGGUCACCGGUGCCAGACCGUACACCGACAAGUAUGGUGCUGAUGAUGUUGAUGGUAUCGAUACUGCUUACCGUGUCGUUGCCGAUCACAUUCGUCUCCUGACCUUCUCCAUGUCUGACGGUGCUGUUCCCAACAACGACGGCCGUGGAUACGUUGUCCGUAGAGUGCUCCGUCGUGGUGUUCGAUACGCCCGAAAGUACUUUAAUGCCGAGAUCGGCUCUUUCUUCUCCAAGAUCCUUCCCGCGCUUGUUGAGCAGAUGGGCGAGCAGUUCCCUGAGAUUGUCAAGAAGCAGCAGGACAUCAAGGAGAUCCUGGAUGAGGAAGAAGAUGCCUUUGCCCGUACUCUGGACCGUGGCGAGGCUCAGUUCGAGAAGUACGCCAAGGAUGCUCUUAAGAAGGGUGAGAAGAAGCUUUCUGGUGCUGUCGUUUGGAGAUUGUACGACACCUUCGGAUUCCCUGUCGAUCUGACCAAGCUCAUGGCUGAGGAGCGUCAGCUUGAGAUUGACGAGGAGGAGGUUAAGGAGGCCCAGGAGAAGGCUCGCGAGGCUAGCAAGGUUGUCAAGAAUGCUGUUCAGACCUUUGCCAAGUUGAACGUUCACCAGAUCGCCGAGCUCGAGAAGGAGCUCAACGUGGAGAGAACAAACGAUGACGCCAAGUUUGUCAAGGGCGAUGCCAAGGGCAAGGUGCAGGUCAUCUACGACGGCAAGACCUUCGUCAAAUCCACCAAGGACAUCGCAGAGAAGACCCCCUUGGGUCUGUUGCUUGACAAGACCAACUUCUACGCCGAGUCUGGUGGUCAGGUCGCUGACACGGGACGCAUUGUCAUUGACGACGUUGCUGAAUUCAAGGUUUUGGAUGUUCAGAAUUUCGGAGGAUACAUCGUUCACAACGGUUACCUCGAGUACGGCACACUGUCGUCUGGUGACGAGGUCAUUGCCGAGUACGAUGAGUUGAGGAGAUCCCCCAUCCGCAACAACCAUACUGGCACCCACAUCCUGAACCACUCCCUCCGUGAAGUGCUUGGUGACGACAUCAACCAGAAGGGAUCACUGGUUGAUAACGAGAAGCUGCGUUUCGACUUCUCGCACAAGACCGGAGUGACCAUCCCCGAGCUCAAGAAGAUCGAGGACUUCUCCAACGGUUACAUCAAGCAAAAUGGCAAGAUCUAUGCCAAGGAGGUCGACCUUGACCUUGCCCGGGAAAUCGAGGGUGUUCGUGCUGUUUUCGGCGAGACCUAUCCCAACCCUGUCCGCGUUGUCUCCGUUGGUGUUGACAUUGAUACCAUGCUGGCAAACCCUAAGAACACUGAGUGGCGCAAGUACAGCGUCGAAUUCUGUGGCGGAACCCACGUCGAGUCGACCGGUCUUAUCAAGGACCUCGUCAUCGUCGAAGAGAGCGGUAUCGCCAAGGGUAUCCGCCGUAUCAUCGCCUACACUGGUGAUGCUGCUCACCAGGUCCAGCGUGAGGCCAACGAGUUCUCCAAGCGUCUGGAUGCUCUUGAGGCGUUGCCCUUCGGCCCCGAGAAGGAACAGGAGAUCAAGACAACCCAGCACGCCCUGAACCAGCUGACUAUCUCCACCCUUACUAAGGAGGAUAUCAAGAAGCGCUUCGAGAAGAUUGUCAAGGCUGUCACUGACGAGCAGAAGAAGCGCCAGAAGGCCGAGGCUAAGACCGCUCUCGACACCGUUGUUGCUCAUUUUGAUAAGAACAAGGAUGCCAAGUGGUAUGUUGCCCAGCUACCUAUCUCUGCCAAUGCCAAAGCCAUUGGUGAGGUUGUCAAGCACUUCCAGUCCAAGGACAAGGAGCGCUCCGUAUACCUUUUCGGCGGCAGCAAGAACGAGGGCGCCGUCGCCCAUGGUGUCUACGUUGGAACGCACCUCUCUUCCCAGGGAGUGACUGCUGAGCAAUGGGCUGCCCAAGUCAGCGGGGUUGUUGGAGGCAAGUCCGGCGGAAAGGAGCCUGUCCGCCAAGGACAGGGCACCAACGCCGAGAACAUCGACGAGGCCGUUGCCACGGCUGAGAAGUGGCUGAAGGAGAAGCUCAACAUUUGA